AUGGACCCAGAAACAGACCCCUCCAAUCCCCCCGUAAUCAACUACAUUCUCUCCUUCCUUCUAGUCGGGGUAGCCUGGGGCUUCACAACCCCUUUCAUCCGGCGCGCAGCCGCGGACUUUGCAGCCCGCCAACAGCAAAACCAGCAACAGGACGACAAUAACAACAUCAGCAUCAACAGUAAUGACAGUGUCCCUCUGACACCUGUUACUCCCGAAUACACCGAUGAAGCACGUCCCGAAGAAGGAGGGGAAGAAAGCGAGGAAGAUAAUCCUCCCCCAGCCACCCACCAAGAACAACAGCAGCAGCAGCAACAGCAACAACCAGCAUGGAUGCAGCAAAACCAGCAGAAACCUCCCUCCUGGCUGCGCAAAAAGAUCGCUACUUUAUUCUGGACAGUGGUGAAUUUGCUUCGCACGCCUGCGUACUCUAUCCCCCUCGUUGUGAAUUUAACGGGGAGUGUGUGGUUCUUUUUGUUGGUGGGGAAGCAUGAGUUAUCGUUGACCGUUCCCCUCGCCAACUCUAGUGCCUUUUUGUUCACGGUGCUCGGGGAAUGGUAUGUGGAGAGGAAGGUCAUUGAGCGCGAAACGUGGUUGGGGAUGGCGUUGGUGUUGGGCGGGAUUGCGCUUUGUGUUAUGGCUUAG